AUGGCCAUGAGCCGGGCGCCGUCCCAAGCAUCUUUCGACGACAAGGAGGCACCGACGUCGCGCCGAGGAUCGUUCAUUCGCAUGGCGUCCAAACGCAUCCAGUCGUUGCAACACUCGCGUCGGCAGUCGCUCGUCGACGACGACCCUCCGCUCGUGGUAUCUCUUGACCCGAUCAUGCUUGGCAUUUAUGCGGUUGUCGUAGCGGUCGCGUCGGCAGUCGUCGGGUGCCAGGUCCCAACCGACGUCUACGAGCAACCGCAGUAUCGCCGUCGCAGCUACGGUAGCCCGCCCCGCCCGGUAUUGGCCACGCACCUCGAAGAUGCGCUGGGCAACUUGCUCCGGUUGCAGUCGUCCAUCUCGGGCGACGGAUCCAGCAGUGUCGUCCAGACCGGAGCCCGCCACGCUUCUGUCACGGACUUGACGUCCAGUGCUCAGCACCGUGUGACGACCGGGGCUUGUGACGUCACGAGUGAAGGACUUGAGACGUCCGCGAACCAACUGCGCGUGUCGUCUCUGAUGGACGAAGACGGCCAUGACUGCGUCGACAGCGCGUACAUGCUCCAGACGACAGCGGACCACCGCGCAGCUUCCUCAUCGUUCAUGUCGACGAGCAGCCACUUCAGCGUCGAUACUGACGUCAUUGACGGCGAUCAACCGAUUCGACUCAUGACGACGUUCAAGGCAAUCUCUCCACGCCGUAGCGCUGACGUGAAAUCGAGUCUCAUCAUGAGCGCCGGCGCCAAGGCCGGCUACGGCACCGUCACCGAGCUAUCAUCGCUCCUCGACAACGACGUCGACGGGUCCAAUGACGUGCUCGAUGCGGGCAACGUUGGCACCAAAGGGCGCGAAUGGUGUUGCUUUCUCUGCGCGAUGCUGCUGCACUCGAUCCAGUUUGUGGCCGCCCAGUUGACAGCCGACACCGAGCUCAUGUUUCUCGGUCAUCUCGGCACGCGGCAGCUCGCGGGCGCCGGUCUCGCACGCUUCUGGAUCUACGUGCCGCUGUCGUUUCUGCUCUCGGGUGUCGGUGGCUGGCGCCUCUUGUUUGCCAGAGGGUUUUGGCUCCAAUCGGCGCUGGUCGUGGCACUGCUGGCGACGCCGCUUCUCACGUGCUACUACUUUCACGUCGAUGUUCUUGUCAGCGGCACGAUGCUGCACCCGACCACGCGCGCCUUUGCCAAGCAGUACGCAACCCUUAUCUCGCCAAGUAUUCUCCCGCUAUUGACGUCGACCGUGCUCAUGCAGUACCUCGUCGCGCGUCGCGUCGUCGCACCGGUUGCUGUCAUGGCGACGCUGGCGUGUGCGACAACGAUCGGACUGCACUUUCUACUCGUCUUUGGCUACAAGCACUGGUCCGGCUUUGGCUUUAACGGGUCGCCGUACUCUACGAUGGCCACGCUACUGCUGCUACUGCUGCUGCUCGUCGUCUACGGCGGGUGCUGCGUCGGGUUUGGCGGCCUCGCAUGGCGCCGGUCCAGCUACCGCCUUGAGCGGCUUCGGAUCCUCUGGGCGAUGGCCGUGCCUGCGGGGAUGCCGUCGUGUCUGCAGAGUAUCGUGCUCACCAUCUUUGGCGCCGCGUCAGCCUACACACCGGUGACCUCUGCAACCCGACGACGUUUGGACGAAAGCGACGGCAUGGACGCCGGGUCGCAGCAGGCGGCGGCAUGGGUCGUCACGGUGUGCUUCUUUCUGCUCGUGCUUGCAUUUCUGCGAGGCGCGGCGGCGGCAACGGCCGAGCGUAUGCAACUGCACUUGCGCCGACAAGAUGUUCCGCGCGCCCGCCACGUGCUCUUUGUCGGCGCGGUCUACGGUGGCGCACUCGGGUGUAUCUUUGCCGCGACCGUGUUCAAGUACGGUGCACCGCUUUUGGGCUUGUGGACCGCCGACGCCGUUGUCUUGGAGCUCUGCGUCGACGCCCUUCCGUACCUCGCAGCGUGCAUGGCGCUGAGCAGUGUUCGUCUCGUUUUCGCCGCCGCCGCCACCAUCGAUACGUGGUUCGUCCAAGUCCCGCUGGGUCUCGCGCUUGGCAUUGGGUUGCAACUGGGCGUCCUCGGUCUCUGGGUCGCACGUCUCACCGGCGAGCUCGUGCACACGCUGCUGCUUCUGUAUGCGCUCAUGAUUGAUGCGGAUGCAGACGAUGCCGCGACGCCUCUGCUGGUUGCCAGCACCGACAACGUUGCCGAUGUGCCGGUGCUGACCGCUGGGUCGCGCGACCGAUCCCUACCCGUGGCGUCAACGCCGAUGACCAACGUCAAUGGUGACACUUUGGUCGGUAUGGACGGUGUGGCAACUGCCGACGUCUAUCUGGAGGCGGCACCGGUGCAACAUCCGCUCGAAGCUGAUGCGCCGCUGCCAUGGGUGCGCCGACGGAGCUCCGACGGCCGUGCGACGUGGGUCGUGGUCGACGACGAGACGGCGUUGUCUCCCAUUUCCGAAGAAGGCGCCGUCCGGGCCAUGGGCGAGCGUCCGUUGCCAAGUGCGUCGUUGGUGCCGAGCGAAGCGUCGUUCAGCAUUGCGUCAACAGCGACGGUUGUCUCGGCGUCACCGGCCAUCCAGUGGUAG